UGACUAAUUUUGUUUUAGAGUUCAUCACGGAGUCCUCAAGAAUUUAUGAAUGAAUGUUUAGUUUGUUUUUGGAUUGGAUAGACGACUUGAGCAAUUUAUUCUUCGUGACACAGAAAAUGAUACGUAUCUUUCGCAAUCACAAUCUCGGGGAUGGUUUCAUAAGAAAAGCGUUUUCGCUAUCAGCUCUGGCAGCCAAACGGUUCAUCAUCAAGGACCAUUAUGAAUUUGACAAAAAGGUGAUCAACAGCGACAAUCCGGUGAUCGUCAAUUUUCACGCUGAAUGGUGUGAUCCUUGCAAAAUACUUACCCCCAAAAUGACCGAAUUGCUGGAGCCAUCGGAGGACAUCGACUUGGCUAUAGUAGACGUGGACGAUAAUGCCGAGUUGGUGCACACAUUCGAGGUGAAAGCGGUUCCAGCGGUGUUAGCAUUCCGCAACGGCGUCGUGGUAGACAAAUUUAUCGGCCUAGUGGACGCAACCAUGAUCGAGAAUCUCAUCGGGAAUCUGACGAAGAAGAAACAACCAUCGUAGUAUAAUGUGAUCUUUUGUUGACUGGCUUAAUUUGGUUUUUCAAUGCCAAUUGACCACUAAUAAGCUCGUGCUCUCAAAUGCACUUUACCACUCUGUUUCCGUAACGUGAGGAAUUCAUUCGCUUUGUUAUUUUUAUGAUAAUAAUUUUUAGAAUAAGAGUUGUAUGUGUUUUCAACUAAUGUAAAUUGUUAUGUUUUUCGAGACAAUAAGACAAUAUAGAUUACACAUAAACGCCGCUCUUAAUCACAUAUCGAUGUUUCGUGUAGGAUUAAGAUAGUCAGAAAUUGGGAAGAGAAUACAAUACAACAUUUGAUUUACAGAAAA